AUGCAGGCAUCAGUAGGAAGCACCGACAAAGGAAAGCGUCGGAUGAUCGAUCCUGAGGACGCCGUCCAGUCGACCGUGGCUCAAGCAUUCCCUCCCUUCCACGAGGCGGGCUCCUCUCGGUUGCUCGAACCUAUGCAAAUCCCAACAAGGACGACAGAAAGCGUCGAAUCAGACCCUUAUCAAAACCCUUCGUUGUUCAAUGGCCAUGGCCAUGACCGCCGACGCCUGUCGCAUGCUAGGGCCAAGUCCUCACUUGGCUCAGUCAACAUGUUUGACUUUUUCCGACCAAGUUCACUCGCAUCCAACAGCACUGCUGCCACCAGCUUUCAAUUUGGCUCCCCGGACGACAGUCCCAAACCAGUCACAGCUUCGCAAGCAGCCAAAUCUGACGACGGCAACAGCGACGAGGCACUGCGAGACUCCCUCGAGCGGACCAUCGAUGCUGCCAAAUCUCGCAUGACACCGGAAUUGCCGACGCCGCAACAAAUCUCGCAGCACGGUUUCGCAGCUAGCAGUGCGUCUGCAGCGCAGACUGCCGGCCCCGACGAGCCGAUCGAUGGGAGGCUCGGUGAGGCUGAAGCUCUCAUGCCGCCUCUGUAUCCAGAGGAGACCUUGCCACACUACGAAGAAGCUCCCGAGUACACGCCGCCUCUGUCGCAAUCUUCUGACAGUGGUUCGCGUUCUAAGGCAGCCGCGUUCCGAGCUGCAGCUGCAAAUCGCUUUCUGUCCAGUCGUAUGGCCAAAAAGCUCAACUUGCCUUCCGCUCUUCAAGGCCGCCUCCAAGGCACGCAGACUCCAGAUGGCUUUUCGCCCUCGCUACACACUGCUCAGCAUGUCGCUGGAUCAACCGACGUUAGGACCCGCUUUGUGAGGAGCGACAGUGCGCCAAACCUCUCGCUCAACACUUGUGCACAUGCAUGCAGACACAUUGAGGUGUGUAAUUAUGCCGCAACUGCCUACAUGCAAGGCGCAAGGAUGGGACCCGCACCUCGUCCCGCGAUGCCUGCCUCUUCCCGGCCUUCCACCUCCAACGUCGAAUCAGCCAGAUCAUGUUCCAGUGCUGUGUCUGUGGCUCGACCCUCGACGAGCAAUGGCAUACCAGGCCGCGACCAAAGGCAAUUCGGCGCGUCGCCUAUGCUGCGCGAAGCUGUUUCUAACGUCAGCUCGUCCAGGAGAAACAGCGGCGAGUCACGACCACCAAGUCGCGCAACGGUGGAUUCUUCCCCCAACGGUGGCCUCUUCACCUGCGGAUACGCCUCGAGUCGAAGUGGGGCAACCACUCCAACGCGCUCUAGUCUGCUGCGUAAGGGUCGAAGCCGCAAUGCGAGUUUGAGAAGUCUACGUGAUCUCUUAUCACUCAAUCGCGACAGGGAUCACAACCGUACACCUUCUGACACCAGAUGCGAACACGAUCAGCACCAACAAGUGCAGGAAUCUCUGUCAACAGGUCCCAUUCUGCGAGAGGUGGUCUCGCCCGUUUCUCACGAGCUCCUCAUCUCUGCGCGCGUGCGUGUGGCCCCCAAAUCUCGACCGACACUCAUGAACACGGUGCGUAGCACUCCACAAGCUGGCGUCGACGCUGCUGCGGCUGACAACCCUGUGCUGAUCGUGCCGCAUCAGCGCUACGAAAGCCAAACCGAUCCGCUCCAAAAGCUUCCGCGAGAAAUACUCUUGGCCAUCUUCAAGAGCCUCGUAGACCUUCACGUUGAAGAACACACUCGCGCAAUCGCAGCUAGCAGCUGGAGAGGCAAAAGAUCGUGCGAGACGCGUUGGGUCGGAAUUGAGGCAGCCGUCCGCGAACUCGCCUGUCUCAGUCGCGUAUCAAGAGCGUGGCAGAGCUUUGUGCUUGAUGGUCAGCUAUGGCAGAGCCUUGAGUUCUCCAAGCAUCCCAACAUGACUGAAGAGGCGAUGGUCAGCAUCGCCAAAGCGGUAGGCCCCUUUGUCCGCCGACUAGACUUGCAGGGUCUCACUGGUCUAAGAUCCAGUGUGCUGCUGGCGCUUGUCAAGGCACAGCGCCCCAGAGCUUCCACAGGUUGGGAGCUUACUGCGUCGAUAAGCGAGCCAUUUGCAAGUUGCCAGCUCGAGGAGCUCAACCUUCAGUCUUGUCAGCACAUUUCGACGAGCGCACUUAACACGGUUCUGUCGCAAUCGCCAAGCUUGAAGCGUUGUAAUCUCGCGAACCUCCCAUGCGUCGACAGCACAACACUCUGUGUGCUAGCCGCAACAGCCACCAACCUCGAAAUGCUCGACAUCAGCCGUUGCCGUAGUAUUGGCACCGAUGGCGUUCGUGCCAUCUUUGCCAUUCAGGAAAGUGCGACGAACAACUCUGCCGUCUCCAAGGAGCGCAAUCUUGAAUCUCGCUUCCGCGAGCUUCGUGCAGCAGGCGUGUCUGGCUUUGACUGCGAGACGCUCAACCAGCUUGGUCGACACUGGCCGAAUCUGGAAGUACUCGACCUGAGCUACUGUACCAGUGUUACCGACGCCGCUAUUGCAGCUCUUGUAAGUAGCGCCGGCGAUGUGGUGAAUGAAAAGGGCCACUUUGUCACGUUAACUCCACGUCAAGCCGGUAGCCAACACGACGAUGAAGUCGUCCGAAGAAAGUUCCCUUAUCUCAAAAAGCUCAACCUCUCGUCCUGUAGAGCACUUACCGACCGCGCGGGUGUAUAUCUUGCGCACGGCGUUCCAGCGCUCGAAGUGCUAGAGAUGGCCAAUAUCGGUCCUUCGCUCAAGGACGCAGGUCUGAUCAAGCUGUUCGCCACCACACCGCAGCUGCAAAAGCUGGACCUGGAACGAGCCACGCAAAUCACCGAUGCAGUCAUCUCGGCGUUGACUCCACCCGAAUCACAUGCCGAGGCGUUUGGGCGUGCAGUUCCGGACAGCGAUACGCUCAUGCACGGAACGAGAGCGCGAGGAUCACUGCUCAACAUGGCUCGUCGAUCUGUCAGUCGAAGGAGACAAACGCACCGUUCGGCAUCGGCGGCUGCAGAACAAGAAGACAUGUUGCCCUCUUACGACGAGGGUGCAGUGGCAGCAUUGAUUCCGGCGACGGGAACGCGUUUGACACACUUGAUCCUGUCGUCAGCAAAUCGUUUGUCGGCUGAAGCGUUGCUGUCGAUGAUCAAUCGAUGUCCAUUUUUGAUUCACCUCGAAGUCGAUGACACUCAUGCGGAUAACGAGGUGGCUCUGCGAUUUGUUCAGAUUGCGCGAUAUCGCAAGGUACGAAAUGCAUAUCUCAGUCUCGUUGACUGUAGGUCUUUCUCUCGUGAUGCCUACUUGCAGCUCAGUCAUGGCGAUACGGCUGAUGACGGAGUCAGACCGAGGAGAGGAUCGCAUGGCUAUGCCUUCCGUCAUUUCAGCUAUGACGAUGCGGAGCCAUGUAUAGCUGCGGCCACAACGAGUACAAUUGCGGUGGAAGGUGUCUUGCAGACACGCGGGGCACAGGCAACUCCAGCAGUGCCAGAAAGAAGCGACCGUGAUUCGAUCGACGGACGCGAGUUGGACCGCGACCGAGGGCUUGACGAGUGCAACGAGCUCAAGCCCGUCGUCAAGAGUUUUUGGGGUUGGCAGCUGGUGGACGCAAGGAUCAAGCAGAAGCGCAAAGCCGAGCAGCGCGCGGCGACCGCCCGACGCCAGGGCGGUCGCAGCAAGGUCACCAACGUCGUAGCUAUGGCGCUAGGUCUGCCUUCCGCUGGCUUUGCGAGCGCUGGAGCUUCAACUGCCGCAGCUGCGAUGCAGACAACAAGUCGGCGAGCAGGUGGCCUCGCUCCGAGAUGGCCGCGCAUCUUGCUGGCGUCUGAACCGGCUCGAGAUGGUGCGACGCGCAACACGCAUGACGAAGAUGACGAUGAUGAUGCCCGUGGAUGUACGAUUAUGUAG